AUGGAGGAGCCACCAAGCUCAGCUGCGCAAACCGCGCCUACCACUGAGAAUGGAACUUCCGAUCCUUCUCAGCAACAGCCGGAGCAACAAGAGAAUCACGAAAAUCCGCAAAGAUCGAAUCCCAAUGUCACACACGGCGCCCGAUCACAGAUUCCCCGGCGCGAUAGAUUCAACCAUCAGUCUUUGGGACCCUCGUUGAACUCUACCGUGAAGCAGGCGCGCGUGCUCAUGGUUGGCGCUGGCGGAAUUGGAUGCGAACUUCUCAAAAACCUCGUACUUAGCGGCUUUGGCGAAAUCCACAUCGUCGACCUGGAUACGAUCGAUCUUUCGAACUUGAACCGACAGUUCUUGUUUAGGCAAGAGCACAUAAAAAAAUCCAAGGCCUUGGUUGCCAAGGACGCAGCGCAAAGGUUCAACCCCAACGUUCAGAUUGUCGCGCACCAUGCGAAUAUCAAGGAUGCGCAAUUCACGGUCUCGUGGUUUCGGGAUUUCAAACUAGUCUUCAACGCCCUGGACAAUCUUGAAGCGAGAAGACAUGUCAAUAAAAUGUGUCUGGCGGCGGAUAUUCCUCUGAUUGAGAGUGGUACCACAGGAUUCAAUGGUCAGGUCCAAGUGAUCAAGAAGGGCGUUACUGCCUGUUAUGAUUGCACGCCAAAAGAAACGCCCAAGUCAUUCCCCGUUUGCACGAUUCGGAGUACCCCUAGCCAGCCCAUCCAUUGCAUCGUAUGGGGCAAAAGCUACCUCCUGAAUGAAAUGUUCGGUACGAGUGAGGACCAAUCGGUUCUUGACCACUCACAGGAUCAGGAGAAUGGCAAGUCUACAGCUAACCAAUUUAUAGCUCAUGAAAUCGAGGAGCUGAAGAAAGAGUCAGAUGCUCUAAAGAAAAUCCGCAAUGCUGUUGGUGCGCCCGACUUCCCGAAAUUGCUUUUCGAAAAGGUCUUUGAUGCCGACAUUGAGCGAUUGCGCUCAGUCGAAGACAUGUGGAAAUCAAAGCGCGCACCUGAGCCUCUUAAAUACGAGAAGCUUCUGGCCAAAACGAAUGAGUUGGAGGGGUCGAAGGAUUCCAUUCUUGCUGAUGGCCAAAAAGUCUGGUCUUUAGAGGAGAACUUAGUCGUGUUCAAAGAUAGCCUUGAGAGGCUAAGCAAACGUAUCAUUGAGCUGAAGAAGACUAAAGAUGAUGCCGCGCCAGACCCCGUCAUUGUUUUCGACAAGGACGAUGACGAUACGCUUGACUUUGUAGCCUCAAGCGCUAAUAUACGGUCUUCUAUCUUUGGUAUCGAACGCAAGUCUAGAUUCGAUAUCAAACAGAUGGCUGGAAACAUCAUUCCGGCAAUUGCUACCACUAACGCCAUCGUGGCUGGUCUCUGCGUCUUGCAGUCUUACAAAGUUCUCAAGGGAGAUUAUUCACAGGCAAAAGAGGUAUUCCUCACUCCUUUUGGCUCUGCCAGACUGAUGGCACCUGAUCGGGCUCGUGAGCCAAAUCCCGACUGUCCUGUGUGUGGGGUGUUCAAUGCUACCGUUACGGUUGAUCCUGCACAAACAACGCUGAACGACAUCGUGGAGGGCUUGCUAAGAACCCACCUGGGUUUCGGUGAAAAGGAGUUUGUUUUGAAUAACGAGGUCGGAGUUUUAUAUGAUCCAGAUGAGACAGAAAACCUACCGAAGAAAUUGGUAGAUCUUGGCAUCAAGGACGGUAGCUUCCUUACUGUGGUCGACGAGGAUGAUGAGCAACCCUUGGUCAACGUUGUCCUAAAUAUAGAAGAAGGUGCUCUACCUGACGAUGAGAAAUUCAAAUCAUCAGCUUCUGCGCAACCUACGAUUCCCCAGAAACCGAAGAAAGCCCCACCGGUAGAGGCGAAUGGCCAUUCCGCUGGCGAGUCUAACGGAAUUCUUGAGAUCGAUUCCCAAUCAAAGGGUGUUAAACGGCAGCACACGGAUGAUGGGGGCCAGCCCUUAAAGAAGGCUAAGACGGGAGGUGAUUCUUCAGACGAUGUUGUUAUCAUCGAGGAUGCCGGUGGAGCUAUCAUUAUUGGCGAUGACUAA